CUGUUCUUGCCAGAUUUGGUGAAUCCUCUCAUCAGAUGACUGUCAGUGCGCAUUUCCAAUCCUUAAGAGGGAGUGAGAAGUCUGAAGCGAGGAAACCGACCGGGGCAGAGUGUUGAGUGAGAGAAAAGAGAGUGAGUCUGCCUCAGAGUGAGAGACUCCAGCGGAGGGGUAACUUCACCGGGGUUAUCACUGCGCACUGUCGAGGGGGAGAGAUCGCUUUCGAGCCCAGCAUGCUCAAGCAGGUUAAAAAAAGUGGACCGCGGAUGAACCUACUGAUUGAAACGCCAGAUUCACUAAUGGACUGCUAGAGAGCGCAGUGAGAAAAAGCUGUUGCCAGAGUGGCAGGGAACGAACGGACGCUGGGGAAGGAGCUGAUGCGGAGGGGAAAGUUACCAAAUGUGAAGAUGCACUGUUAGCCGACACUUUGCAAACUGCUCGGACCGUUGAGAAAUCGUUCCUUUAAACUGGAUGCUAUCGUAGAAGAAUCGCAGCGCGCUUGUCCGUCCAGCGAUACCCAUCCUGAUCCUGGUACCGCCGUGGACCAUAACCAGCUCAGUCGCAUCAGACGGAGCAAGAAUCUUUCCACGCCGACACAAUCAGCGACCAGAACCACUAAAAUGUCUUCAUUAUACCUCAUCUUUUGCCUUAUGGUCACAGCAGCCACCCAAGCGGCCUACUUCUCCCAGCAGCCCCAGGACCAGGUGGUUGUAUCCGGUCAGUCGGUGACUCUGCCUUGCGUCAUUGUGAGUUACAGAGGAAUGGUACAGUGGACCAAAGACGGCCUGGCACUCGGAGGAGAGAGAGAUCUGCCAGGCUGGACGCGCUAUUCCUUAAUGGGCGACCCGCUAUCAGGCGAGCACAGCUUGCUGAUCGAUUCAGCAGAGUUGGCGGAUGACGCGGUGUAUGAGUGUCAGGCUACACAGGCGGGACUGCGCUCCCACCGUGCCAAGCUCACUGUACUAGUUCCUCCCUCUGACCCCGUGGUGGAAGGCGGCCCCGUCGUGCGUCUCAAGGCCCACACACCGCACAACCUCACCUGCAGAGCCUCGGGAGCCAAGCCCGCUGCUGAGAUCACCUGGUACAGAGACGGAGAGGUCAUGGAGACUGCAAUAUAUUCCAAGACGCUAAUGGAGGAUGGGAAGAGGGAGACGGCUGUUAGUAUGCUUCCCAUCACCCCGGAGGACAGUGACUCUGGACGCACCUACACCUGCAGGGUUCUUAACCCAGCUGCCCCUGCUGGGCGACAGACAUCCAUCACUAUCAACGUGCAGCACCCUCCUUCGGUGACGCUGUCGGUUCAACCUCAGACCGUGACAGAGGGAGCAAAGGUCCUGUUCAUCUGUUCUGCCUCGGCCAAUCCCGAAAUCACCGGAUACAGGUGGUCCAAAGGAGGAGUGCCCAUAUCUGAAGCAAACGGGGACAGCCUUGAGGUGACAGUGGACUACUCGUACUUCACAGACCCAGUCUCCUGUGAGGUGUCCAACUCCGUGGGCAGCACCAAUGUCAGCACUCUGGUCGAUGUCCAAUUUGGCCCCAGACUGCUGUCAGAGCCUAAGCCAAUGACGGUGGAUAUUGGGAUGGAUGCAGCCUUUACUUGUGCAUGGACUGGAAACCCCCCCCUGACCUUGGCCUGGACCAAGCAAGGCUCCAGCGUGGUGCUCAGUAAUGGUAACACCUUGCAGCUGAAGGCUGUUACCCAGGAGGAUGCUGGAACAUACACCUGCAAGGCCAUUGUACCCCGGAUUGGAGUUGCAGAAAGAGAUGUCACUCUAACUGUAAAUGGUCCACCUAUCAUCACAGCAGAAGCCACACAGCAUGCCGUCAAGCACGCCAAAGGAAAGCUGGAGUGCCGAGUGGGAAGCAGCCCCCCGCCUGACAAGAUUGUGUGGACCUUUGGGGACAUGACUCUGUCCUCCGGCUCCUCCGGUCAUUACUCAGUGCAGACUGUGACCAGUGACCACGAAGUCCUGUCGUCUCUGGUGCUGUCUGAGACUCUGGCUCAGGAUUUCCAGCUGCGCUACAACUGCACCGCGUGGAACCGCUUCGGCACCGGCACCGCCCUGGUCACUCUGAAGGAGCAAGAAGCCCUGCCUAUGCUGAUAAUCGUUGGCGGAGCAGUAGGUGGAGGCUGUGUCCUGCUCAUCUGUGUCAUCACGCUGGUCUCCCUCUGCUGCAGGCACACAGGCAAAGGUGAGCUCAACGGUAAAAGGUGCACUCGUCUUUCCAAGAGCGACAUCCGGGUUCAGAUUGUUCACAGUGAUCACAAUGCCACGCGCAGCAAUGACGACGAGGAGGACGUGAAAGAACCUAUGGCACCGAACAGCAGUGAGUCUCCCGGGACGUCUCGCACAGAACACAGCGACCUCCUGGAAGAGGAGGAGGACGAAAGAUCAGACAUCAAGGAUCCUACCAACGGAUACUACAAUGUCCGUGGCCACGACGAUCGGCACAUCCGCAGCAGUGGAUUCUCUGAGUACGUGCCCAACACUCGGCCAGUCUACACUCCGUCGCAGCUGCCCUCUCCCAGCCCCGUAUACGGUCAGCAUGGCACCCAGCCCCGUGUCUAUGACUUCUCCCACCGAUACGCCACCACCACAGCUGGCAGGACCUCGUACGAACAGCAGCAAGCUGCCCAGCAGCAGCCUGGCCAACCAGCCAGCAUUUACCCCACUGAUCCCCUCUACAGCGGCUCUGCUUACCUACCUGCUACCUACGGCCGUGCCUUCACCAGCUACGUAAAGCCCGCUUCCUAUGAGAAGGUGGAUGCGUAUGACCAAUCAGAUCAGGCCAGCAAGGUGUCCAGCUCGUCUCGCUUUUCUUACGCCUCCUCACAAGUGUCCUCCCAGCAGUCUGACUACGGCCGGCCCUCACAACGUAUGCAGACUCAUGUCUGAAUGGACAAAAGGAAAAAAGGAGAGAGUACAGGAGCAGGGGAUAGAUAACCAUUGUCACGUCCACAUAAACGUGUGGCUGGACUAACGAACAGAGACUUUUUUUUUUACUAAGACAAUCCUUCAAGGAUUUGUCUGGACAGUGUUUGGAGGGAGUCGUGCUUUAGGUUACGGGAAAACCAACCUGUGAUGUAUGGAUCUACAUUAACGCGGACUGUAAAGCUCCUGAGUUGGACAAUUCAGAAGAUUGUGACGUUCAAGUCAAACAUAUGAUGGACAUUACAGUGUGAUACCUCGCUGUCUCCACAUGACGACCACCCAAACCUGUGGAGAUUUUUUUCUGUGAGUUCGAGGGCCAACUAGAAUACAAAUGAAAUGCAUCUCCUGAUUUUGGGUGGCCAAAAACCGACUGGGGUAGUUGUUUACCUGCAUUCCAGAGUUUACUUUCUGUCAAUGCUAAAUGUCAAACCUGACCUCUAAAAUACCUUGAGAGAAGAUAUUACAAACCUCUAAUAAGACAUAUUUGCGGAGGAGGGAAAAAAAAAAAUCUGAUGAACAACCUUUUGUUGUCUGUCAUUUGAUGUUUUGUUGGCAUGCGAAAGGAAUCCUAAGCACAUUUGUGUCUCUAUCAUCAACAAAAGACUGAGCUAUCCACAGAGACAGACAUAAAGUUCUCUGCACAACAGGCUUGCUGUACUGACCAACAAGUGCUACAGGCACUGUACUGUCUGAAGAGUCUAUAAUCAAAAGGUGGACUACUUCUAUCCUGAGCUGUAUUCCAGGAGCUUCUUCUGAUAAUAACUGUAACAUGUUGGACAUAGCGGUGUUGCCUACCAGUGGAUAGAAGAAGGCGAUGUGGUGGAGAGAAUGUGUAUUUUAGCCUUCGUUUUAAUGGAAGACUCCAUCUUUAACUGUAUGUUAUACCAACACAAGGUAAGGCCAUGAAAAACCCAAAGAUGGUAAUUCUUGUAUAGGGGGUAAACGGUGGGGCUGAAACUGGUGUCCUACCCUGGUGUUGUUUUCUGCUGUGCUGUCUGAUCGUAAAAUGAAGAGUAGGAUAUGACCAGAACAAUCAAAAGUGGUGGUUUGAGGAAAAAAAAAAGAAGGAAAAAAAAGGUGGCAAUCUUGAACUUAACUUGAAUGCAGCGUCAACUUCAGCAGGCUCAGGUGGGCUAAGGCGUGUAAGGCGGUCUUAAUGUGGACCACAACCACAACACACAGACACACACACACACUAAAGUUUUACAACUCAAUCAAAUUGUCUCAAUAUGUUUACAAGAAACAGUACUACCCUGAAACACUAAGUAUCUGUACAAAUGGCUGAGCCCAUACUUUCUCUCUGUUGCAUGCAAAUGAUGUGUCUAGUGAAAAUCUUCAGCGUUUAUAUUCAUGUCCAUUUCAUGUUCGAGGCAUUGGUUUCUGCACCUGACCCAGCUGCAUUCCACUUCCUGGAUGUUUCAGUAUGGACGCCUGUACUGCCAUUUGUCUACGAAGCUGUUACCAGGCAGCCUAAUGAGAGAACAAAUGUCACUUAAAAGUGAGGAGGCAAACAUCAUCGCUUGUCUUUAUUUUUAUAUUUUAUAUAAGCCUUAAAGUACAGCGUGUAAGCUGCUCUAAUGUAAAGUAUCUUUAUAUACAUAUGUAUCUAUCUCAGUUUAUUUGGAUCCACAGAUUUUCUUGUCUACGUUCAUCAAUCAUUGAAUGCAGUUACUAUGCUUUUUUUUUUUUUGGAACACAACUAAUUGCCAUUUGUUUGUUCAUUCUUUUAAUAAUGUAUUAAGAAUUUUAUUUGCUAAAAAUGAGCUAUUGUUGCUUGUACCUUUGUACACAUAUUUAUAUUUAAAUAAAACCAUUUCCGAUAAAGGAG